AAGAUAAGAUAAAUCAACAAUUUGUGAUGUCUAAAUAUAUUUCAUACAGAGUUGUAUAUUAAUCCAUAACAAUACUUAAAAAUGUCCGCUUGAAGAUUGUUAAAAUAUAUAUUUUUUGAUACAGUAAAGGGUAUACCAAACUCGAAAGUGUUGUAUGCAGUGAUUAAUGUGAUAAUUAAAAAAUGUGCAGUAGUAAUAAUUGUGAAAUACUGAGAUAAUGCGUGAGAACGUUACACUGUCCAACCUAAAUAUUGAGAUUAGCGGAUCUGGUAACAGCUAUAGGAGACAUAUAGUUUGUAAAAUUAGUAUUGGCAUUAUUGAAUUUUUGUUGUCAUCCUUGCUGUAUUGCUACGGUAUUAUAUUCUGCGAAUAUGUCUUGCUGGGUAAACACAAAUAUGAAGAAGGAGUAUUUACCGCCAUUUUAUUUGUGGUCUGUUGGAGUUUCACAGAUCCAAUAUCAAGAUUUAUAUCGGAAUAUUUCGAAGACAGAAAACAGAUGAUAUUUCGAUGUUUGGUGGGAUUUAGCGUUGCUAUAUUAUUUUGCUGUGUUGCAAUACCAAACAAUAUAGUGUUAUACAUGAUUUUUGGAGGUAUUGUAUCGAACUUAAUCUCUACCCAACUACGAUGGUUCGCUGUAGAUAAAUUGGACAUGGACUCGAGAAUAUUCGAAGUAAUUAGACAAGUGUCCAGAGCACUCAGUCUGAUUCUGAUGCCCCAUUUUAUAUUUUGCCUUGUAGAAAUCUACGGAAUCAAUCAGGUAAAACUGAUCUAUGGGUCGAUUCUGUUCAAUAUCAUACCAGCGGCUUUACUAAUCAAGACGUAUGACAAAGUUUUAACCAGGGAACAUGAUUUGGAGUAUCCAAUUGAUAGAGAUUAUGUUUCCAGAUACCAAACUAUAGGACGUUACAGUCAACAAAUGAACGAUCUUCUCACAAACAACAGAGAUCAAGCGCCAAACUCGAGCUCUUCAUCUGAAUCUAGCGAAGAUAACUCAAUAUUUGAUCAACAGCCAAUUCAAGAAAGUAAACAACUCGAUGCCACCGGUUCCACUCAAGAAUCACUUGGACAUCAUAUGUAUGAUCAUUCGGAGGAAAGUCCAUACGAAUUUGAUAAUUUUGCAGCCGAUGCUGAGCAAAUCAACGAUUUGGAGAGACAAACAACUUACUUAAAUCCCGUAAAUGUGCAGUAUUAUUUCCAAAAUGCUGGUGUCAGUAUUUUACCAGGUAUUCCCGAAGAAAAUGAAGAUGAAGAUGACGAUGACAUCAACUACAUCAAUCCAAAGAGACUGAGUAGGAUCAGUGUUAAACUUGAAGAACUCAACAUCCAAGACCAGAUCAGAAAAGAUAGCGUCAAGGAUGUGUUUACUAUAACCGAGGUUGUCCAUGAAAACAGACCGGAAUCCAUAGACCGAAUAGAAUUCAUCCCUAAUUUUGAGAGCCCGUCGUUUACAUACAAAAUAGAAGACUUCAACAAAGCGAAAAACUGUUUUCGUUGCUCCGCGUAUAAAAAGUUCGUCUGGACUAGAAGAUUACGAAGUACCAAAGACUUCUUUGUAGAUAACUUACUAAGACCUUUAUACUACGCAAUAAAAAACUUAUAUUUUUAUCCUUCAGUAACUACGAAAACUAUUGGAAAUUUGGUGUCGACCCUGUAUAUCACUCUGGCUCCAUUUAUGGUGAUCAAUAAGGGUUUUAGUUCAGAAGAGGCUACAUUUUUACUGACAUAUAUAGCUUUUGCAUGGGGUUUCUUCCUCGUUGGUCUUCCCAUGGUUAUUAAGCUCAACCCUACUAGAAUGAGGAUGAUGUUAGUUUUUGGACUUAUGGUAUCAGGAUCCAGUUUCUUGCUGCUGUCAGUUAAACUGUCAAACGACGUAAUAACAUUCAGCAGCCUCCUGUUUGGAUUCGGUUAUGGACUGAUCAGUUACUCAGAAAAAAUAGUGUACAGGUCAUCAAUAGGCAUGAGAGCCUGGUACCAUAUACAGGGCCCGUUAGAAGUACUCUCCGCCGUAUUUAUUAUUAUUAUUUAUUUAGUUAUUUAUAUCUAUAGAGUAGAUCUUAAGAUUUUAUUGUUUAUGGCGUCGAUAUCGUAUUUUGUUAACGCGUUCUUGUGGCUGUGUAUUCCUCUUGUUAAGUUUUCGAUAGAUAGGUCUAGAAGAUUUGUUUAUGACGUCAGUAGACGUCAUGAAGAAAUUUUACAUUAGUUUAUAGAAGGAUAGAACGCAUAAAAUAUUUGCUCCUAUUUUUUGUACAUAAAAGAUUUAAAGUUCAAAAAAA